AGAAUCACUGAAAUAAAUGAAUGCGUUGGAAUUGGAAAACAAGGUUAAGUUUAGUUGGAACCCACAGAUAUAUGUGGAUUCUCUCCACGUCCCCGCUGCCUCUUUGUAUUGCUGUGGGAGGCGGGUCCGACUGGAACGUGGAUGAAUGGCUGGGCGAGUUCUGGGCGUGUGCCUCUGUGUCAUCCUGCCGGAUUCCGAAACCCUGUAGCUCUGACGGCUCGGCUCGGCUCGGCCUGGCCAGGCCCAGCUCAGAUCCGAUCAGAACUUCGGACAGAGACGGAGACACCGGUCAGGCUGGGGGAUGCACAGCCGUGCGUGAUCACACAGGCGCCUUUGUGCCCAGUCUGUCCUGUGUUUUGGAUUUUCCGUGGCUUGUCCCCCCGCAAGCAGAGCUGGUGAAGCGGGUGGACCGAAGUUUUGAGCCAGCGGAGGAAGAGAGACUCAGACCCCGCCCGUCAACAGCUUCCUCGCGAAGAGAGAGAUGAACCCACGAUCACAGCUGUCACGCAGGAUGCAUUUCAGUGGUUUCUCACUGCAGCGUCUGAAUGUACCUGGCUGAUUAAGGAUAAAGAAGAGGUAAUCUACAUGGAGAUAAGAAAAGAACUGCCCGAAGAUCAAAAAGAAAUAUGAGAAAACAAGAGGAGUGGGAGAAGACAUGGAGCUAAAUAAAUGGUAAAGUUAAAGGAAGGUUAAGGAGGUUUGUUCAUUGAAGGAGGAUUUGACGUCCAAUGGAACUAAAAACAGAAAGUAGUAAAAGAAAGAAACAAAGACCCAAAGAACAGAAGAACUACAUAUGAAAGCAGCUUAAAAGCUGAGAAGAAAAAGGUGGCUUAUUAGCUGAAGGACAGGAGAGACAUCUGGAUGAGCUCUCUGGGUGCAGGCAGCAGGUUCUCUGCCCUACAAAGAUGGCCACUAACUUCAGUGACAUCGUCAAGCAGGGCUAUGUACGAAUGCGGAGUCGGAAGCUUGGGGAAUCUGCUGAAGUGGCUUGGGCAUCCAAGGAAAAUGUUUUCAGAUGCCCAGACCUCAGAUAUCCAAGGUUUUCUGGGCGCAUCCCUGUGAGGAUUUGGUUUUCUAUCUAUCGGCGCUGCUGGCUUGUGCUUAAGAAGUCAUCGAGCAAAGGACCUUGUCGUCUUGAGAAAUACCCUGAUGAGAAGGCUUCAUACACCAGAGCUUGUCCCAAAGUGACAGAAAUUAGUAAUGUCAAGAACAUCACCCGGUUACCUCGAGAUACCAAGCGACACGCAGUAGCCAUUGUGUUUACAGAUGACUCCUCACGCACCUUCACCUGUGAAUCAGAGCUGGAGGCAGAGGACUGGUUCAAGAUGCUGUCUAUCGAGUGUCUUGGUAUUCGACUGAAUGACAUCAGUAUGGGAGAACCUGACCUGCUGGCUGCUGGAGUGCAGUGUGAACACACAGAGCGCUUCAAUGUGUUCCUCCUUCCCUGUCCAAACCUGGAUAUCUAUGGGGAGGGGAUGAUGCAGAUAACCCAUGAGAACAUAUACCUGUGGGACAUCCACAACCCUCGCACCAGGCUGAUUACCUGGCCCCUCUGCUCUCUCCGGCGCUACGGACGUGAUGCCACUCGCUUCACUUUUGAAGCCGGACGGAUGUGUGAUAGUGGUGAAGGCCUCUACACCUUCCAGACCAAAGAGGGGGAGCAGAUUUACCAGAGGGUCCACUCCUCUACACUGGCCAUCGCUGAGCAGCACAAAAAGGUUCUGCUGGAGUUAGAGAAAAACAGAAGGGAAUCAGAGGUUGGCUCCUACCCAUGUACACCAACUGCCAUCCUACCCCGGUCUGCAUAUUGGCACCAUAUCACUGGAAACCAGACUGACAUGGACCCUGGAAGUUCUGAUGGUGUUGAAGAGGAACUACUGUCCAUCCAUCUGCCAGCUAAGGGCCACACCACGUUGACCCUAAAUACACAAGCACAGUCCCUGGCGCAUAUUCAUACACUUGUGCCAUCACACUUUCCUACAUUACCAGGACAGUGACACACAAUGCAUAUUGAUACAUGCACACAUUGACAGUAUUCAACAGUCAGCCAACAUAGACAUUCAGCUCUGCCUGGGGUUUUGUAAAAGUUUCUAUGACUUCCUGUGAAAUGUGGUAAUGUUCUGUAACAACCAAGUUUGUUUUAAAGACUCAAUCAAAAAUUGUAACAAUUUUAGAAACUCAUCUUUUCUCUGGGCUCAUCUUUUGUUUUACUUUACAUUUUACUUUACAUACUCAAGAUCUCUUGAAAAACAAACCAAGUGAGUAGCAGUGUAACAGAAUUUGCAAGUUACAACAAUGUAAAGUAAAACAAAAACACAUUUUGUUUUUCAUCUUCAGUUAUUUCAGUAUCUGUAACUUUGGGAAGCUGUAGCACAGUUGUAAAAGUAGUCAGCUUGCAGUUAGAACAGUUUGAGUUUCAUUCUAGCUUCCUCCCCAUGCCACCGGUCAGUGUGUUUUUGAGCCAGGCACUUAAGCUGUCUCUGGAACUGCUUUUUAUUCCUUUUAAAGCUGACUUACAAGUUUAGCUGCUAAGUAUAUCAAAUUUAACAGGAUGUUGUUUAAACUGUACAAAUAAGUUUUCAACAAUUGGCUCAUAGUUUGCACAUUAGUGUAGUCGGGGUCUCAAUGAGAGAACGAUUUUUCCUUAAAGAAGAGAAAUCUGGGACAUGUGGACAUUUGGAAGAUAGAUUGAUAGAUUGCAUAAAGCAUAUUUAGGCUUUUAUGGCAAAAUGUGUACUGUGCUAUAGCUGCAUGCCUUGAUCUAGAAGUCAGUUAUUUUUAUGGAGGUAUAAUGAUAUUCUAACUUUCUCUCCUUUUUCACAGUUUGUAAUGUGUGUAUAUGUUAGGGCUGCCUUGGAUCAGAUGGAUUAGAUGUUUAAAAUUGGUUUCAUGGAAUUUUCUUAAGCCUGUUUUGUUAGACCAAUGGUCUUGGAGUGACCAAGGCUAGAAUUUGCCUUACUAGCACCAAAUAGAUUGUGCUACUCCUGGAAAGGAAAGAUUAGUUUUCUAAUUUGGAAGAUCCCUAGUUUUUCUACUUCUGGACUGAUGCCUUUGACUUUGUCCAAAAUAAUGUGAUCUUUCAGAUGGAAGAUCUGUUUGCUGACACUUAAAGCAGGUUUUGAAGUAGAGGAUGAUGCUGUCACUAGAAUGUUUUUAUACAUGUGCACAAAUUGUAAAUAGUUUUUGUAAGAGCUGCAGAUGUGUCUUGUGCUGAAUUUAUACAACCCUUUCAUUAUUCCAAGGUCUAAUUUGCUUUGCAAAUUUAUGAUGAUGAUGACUUGUGAGCAUACUUUGUAGAACAGACAUUGACUCUGGUGACUGAAAAGCCAAUCACCCACACAUAUCCAUUUGUAAGCCAACUUCAAGCAAAAGCUUAAGAUAAAUAGGUCUGUAAUGAAAUGAAAUAAUCUACUUAUAGCAACAUAAAGCAUGAAGAAUUUUGAGUGCAUUUAUUUUUCAUGUAGAGAUAUUGGAAAGGCCAGCAGGUAAUGAAAGGUUGACUUUACCAACAUGUGCAACAUCAACAAACUCCAAGUAGAUUUCCAAGAUUGUUGGUUUAUUCAGUCUUAUCUAUUGGCUGACAGUUCAAAAUAAUAAAAAUGUACCUGCUCAGAAUCAAUGAAACUUCAGGCUCAUGUGAAUGAAGACCAGAUUGUUUACAGUUAAAUAUGCUAAACAAAAUCCUGAAAUAGUCACACAAAGCAGUUCUACAUUAUAUAUGAGAUGUCUACAUUUUCUUUUUUCUUUGUUUUUCUUGACUGUUAUUCUCAACUACAGGUGAGCACAGAAAAAAAUUACCUGCUGCAAACAUGCAGGACUGUAUAAGGGAAUAUGCCUGUUUACUAUCAGCCUAAAGCAGACCCACUGCAUGAUUUGGCAGUGUUCUCAACAGAAAAGUGACUGACAUACAACAUCCCAAUUUCAAUAAGUAGUGCAGUGUUGAGUACACGUGUAAAGGAGAACGAUUUUUUCCUAAUACAGGGCAUAACUAUUCUGUUGUGUUUGCCACUGAUUGUUGAAAUGACUUUUCAGAUUUUAGGAACAAACUGACUAUCUGCACAGAACAAGCUGUAAAAUAGGAUUUAGCUGGAAUAAUGCUGAAAUUAAUAACUUCCACUCCAUGCCAUAAACAAAAAAGGGCUAAGCAUUUUUCUGUUUGUUUACACAAUGUUGGUUGUGAAUUGUCUGUUUUCUGUGUACUUACAGUCUACUAUUAUGUAUGAUGCCUUCUUUAUGUAGCCUUUUAUAUGAGUCUAUUUAUUUAUUCUGAAAUGUUUAUUUUCCAUUUUUGAAAAUGACAGUGUUUUUGCAUGAAAGAGUCAACAAAUGAAAAUGCAGACAGAACCUAGCUUGCCCCUCGUACAAGCAGAUGGUAUUCUGUCCACACUUUGCCAGCAUGAAUCUGCACCAGUUUGGACAAUAACAACAUAUUCACCAGAGUGUCUUGUGCCUGCAGUUUCCUAUGUGCUUUGUGGCAGUAGAUUUAAUCACUGCCACAUGUUGAUGUGUUUGCUUGCUUUCCUGGAGAAAAUAACUGUAGCAGAAAGCUACAAUGUUUCAUAAACCUAGAAACAAAUGUUGUUUAUUGAUGUUUUUAGACUGAAAUAGAUGUAAAUUGUUUUGUAAGACCAAUACAGAGUUUAGGAAAGUCCAGUCUGGCUAUGACUGAAACGCCUGGAUGAGCAAGGACUGCCCUACACCAUGUUACACCAUGAUGUUCAAUUGAAGGUUGAGGUUCAACCAUGAGGUUGACAUUGAAGUCUGUCAAUGAAGAAAUGGGAAUACUUUCACAAAGAAACAUAGACCUUCAGUCUACCUUGUUUCACUACUUAUCAAAGUCAGUUACUGCAUCAAAUGUGAAAAUACAGGACUAAUUAAGAACCUACGUGUGUUUCAACUAACUGGUUAUAUAAUUAUUAUAUUAAGUACUGUUAGCCAAAAACUCAGCCACAGUCAUUCCUUAUUGGUGUCACAAUAGCUGUAUUACAUUAUGAAACAGAAACGCAAUCAAGAGCACCACAAAAUGUCAGGUAUUUGAUCAUCAAGGCAAGGUAAGGUAAGGCAAUUUUAUUUAUGUAGCACAUUUUCAGCAACAAGACAAUUCAAAGUUCAAAUUAGGAGUCAUUAUGUUGGCAAAAAAAAUGCUUUGACAUUUCAUACCAAAAUAUUUCCAGAAAUUUCUCCUCCUGUUCCCUCCCCAAAAUAUCAAUGGAUAACUGAAAAAUGUCAUUGACAAGACUUUGACUGUUUCUGUAAAUACAUAAAAACUGCAAUUGUUGCUAAAAUCAUUAGGAAACAGUCAUUAGACUGAGCCGAACUGAUGGAUAGUGAUAGAAGACAUAUGUUGACCGCUUUGUAAAACAGCCUUUGGGCCACUGAAGCUGCAUUUACCUGCUGCUGAUGAUUUAAAGAGGUAAUUGAACAAAUAUGCUGAAAAGCAGAACAGAAAGAGACUGCAGUGCCAGUUGUCCUUCAGGCUAAAAGCAAAGCUAUAGCAUGCGUUAGUCUGUUUUUACGUUAUCACCUCUCACUCCUGACUGUGACCUCCCUCCAGACUGAUGAAAAUUAGCUGUAACCCAAUCACACUGUUUAUGCUAGAUGCAUGUUUUGGUGAAAAAUAAAGUCUUACCUGCUUA